AUGAGCAGCUUUGGAAGAGUUUAUCGUGUGACAACAUAUGGAGAAAGCCAUGGAAAAGCAGUAGGCUGCAUUAUAGAAGGAAUGCCUUCAGGUUUUGAAAUAACACAACAGCAAAUUCAAUAUCAUCUUUCUAGGCGCAGGCCAGGCCAAAGCUCAUUAACUACAGAAAGAUCUGAAUCAGACACUGCUGUUAUCCUCUCAGGUAUACAGAAUAAUAUAACUCUUGGCACACCUAUUUGUAUAAGCAUUGCUAAUUCUGACACCAGAUCUUCUGAUUAUUCACAACUUUCUGCAUUUCCUAGACCAGGACAUGCUGAUUUUUCAUAUAGAAUGAAAUACGGAUGCAAUGCAGAAAGUGGAGGUGGGAGGGCUUCAGCUAGAGAAACUGCAGCCCGAGUUGCAGCUGGUGCCUUGGCUAUAAAUUAUUUACUUCCUUUCUAAUUUUCAGACUUUAUUAAUUUUUAACAGAUAUAAUUUAUAAAUUUUUCUAUUGAUUUUGUAAUUAAAUAUUUUUAAAACCUUUUUGGAUUAAAUUUUUUAAAACUCUGGCUAGGGAGGAAAGUUAGAAGAAAAACACGGAAUUUUAAUAAUUUCAUGAGUAGAGUCUGUAGAGAACAUAAAAUUACCUGAAGAUCUCAUAUGGACCGACCGAGAAGAAAUAGAUAGACUUGGCUCUAUAGAAAUAACCACAACCGAAAAUGGAGACUGAUUUUACAAAAAUUGUGAAGGAGUCUCAAUUGAUAAGGAUGGCAAUAUAAUUAACGCUGAAAUUGAAGGGCAAAGAGAAAUUGUCAAUACCCGAUGUCCAAAUCCUGAUGCUGCUUUAAGAAUUGCCAAAAAAAUCCGUGACACUAAAAUUGACGGGGAUUCGUUAGGAGGGAUAAUCAGAUGUAAAUGUUAUAAUGUUCCAUCAGGGCUAGGAGAGCCUUGUUUUGAUAAGCUUCAAGCAUUAUUAGCUCACGCAAUGCUUUCAAUUCCUUCGACAAAAGGUUUUGAGAUAGGCUCAGGAUUUGAAGGGACUCAUAUGCUAGGCUCACAACAUAAUGAUUGCUUUUUAAACUCUGAAAAAGGCUUAUUUCCUAUGACAAAUCAUGCUGGGGGAGUCUUAGGAGGAAUUUCCUCAGGUGCCACAAUAGAUUUUAGGGUCGCUUUUAAACCAGUAUCGACUAUAAAGAAGCCUCAAUUAACUGCUAACUCCCCUUGGUGAGCAAACAAAAUCAUUGGAAAACCUACUUUUUGGUAAAAAAACCCACCCUUUGUGAGUGAGCAAAAAAUGUCUUUUAUAUAAAAUUUACAAUAAAAAUUAAUUUAAAAAUAAAAUUUUCCCUUCCGAGAGCCGACAAAAAAUUUUGUUGGCUCACAGAGGGGAGGAAUAAGUGAGAUGGAGAUUUAGAAGUUCUGGAAGCAAAAGGAAGACAUGACUCUUGCGUUUUGCCCAGAGCUACUCCUAUCGUAGAAUCUAUGGCUGCAAUGGUAAUUAUGGACUGUUUAUUAUUACAAAAAAUGCAAAGUUCUUCUUAA